UAGAAGAGAGAAGUGUACGAAAAAAAUGAUCUUCGAAAGUAACGAAGCCAACUAAUAACCACCAACAGACAAACUUUUUUGCUAUUUAAACCCCACUUGUCUUUCUCUCUGUUACUCAUUUCCAACAAACACACACUCUUCGUGCCCUCCGUCCUUUUUUCUUUUCUUUCAACUUCAGAUCUCUCUCUCUCUCUCUACAAUGGCCUCCAUCACAGGAACCUCCUUUUCCGUCACCUCAUUCAACCAAACACUGGUACCUAGUGCCAGGUUCUGUAACCCGAAUUCAGUUUCCCUUUCAAUUAAGGGGAGAGCUUUUCCUUCCAUUGCAUUGCAGCCUAGGGCACCUCGCUUUCAAGUUACAUGUGCUGCCAAAGCUGAAACUGUAAAGAAGGUCAGCGACAUUGUCAUAAAACAAUUGGCACUGCCAGAGGGUUCAACUGUCACCGGGGAGUCCAAAUUUUCUGCACUUGGAGCUGAUUCUCUUGACACGGUUGAGAUUGUGAUGGGACUUGAGGAGGAAUUUGGCAUUAGUGUUGAAGAAGAAAGUGCCCAAUCUAUUACCACCGUUCAAGAAGCAGCAGAUCUGAUUGACAAGCUUCUUGAAACCAAGAGUGCUUAAUAAACCAGAAAAAGGACACAUGCAUUUUGGAGUUUUUGUAUUUUUGUGGGAAGGGGUUUUUAAUUUUAUCUUUGGCAUUUCAAUUUGAUUGCUCUUCAAGAAACGGCUAGAUCUUUUCUGAACUCCUCUAGAACUACUGCAUUACUAGUUUUAUUUAUGUAGAACUUGUUGUUCUCUUUAACUUUGAAAUCAAAUUUAUCCAUUGAAGUGUUUCAAGUGCUCGCUA